AUGCCCCACAAAAAAAUCAAGAACUUCCUGCUGACGGCCUGGCAGAAGGACACCAGUUCUGUUAAAGUAUUUAAAAAAAAAAAAGCCCAGUGUAGCAGAUACCUCUAUACAUUGGUCAUCACAUACAAAGAGAAGGGAGAGAAACUGAAGCAGUCCCUGCCCCCAGGUUUGGCAGUAAAAGAGCUGAAAUGAACCAGGAAUGCUGACUUAAAAUCUAUUAAAAGUAUUAAAGA